UGGGCUGCAGUGAAAUCCGAUACGGAAAGCUCAGUCUGGGCGAAAAAUGUCAGGCAUCUAUUGGCAAAGAAUCCAAAUUAACAGGAAUAGCAGAAAUUACACAUUCUAACCAGUUCAAAACACCUAAAAUUUCCAGUGAAAACAGAAGAACAAAGGGGAUAAAAGUUCGUCCUGUGUGCGUGUGAUAAAAGUUCCCUCUGUGUGCGUGCGGCUGUGAGAGUGUGUGUGCGCGCAAAAAGAAUAGAGAAAGCAAAGCAUCCCGAAGGAGUGGCCCACAAAGUGUUUGCAUAACUUAACUCGCGAUAUCCACCCACCAUCCCCCGCCGAAUAGCCAAUAACUUGAUUAAAUGCCCCGUAAUAAAGUCAAAGUCGAGCGCUAAAGAAAUGGAUAUGCGGAAGGGAUAUCCUCGGUGGUGAUGUAAAGCAAUGAGUUCAAGCCAAGUGCGUGAAAAUUCCCAAAAUCACUCCAGAUAGUUUGCAGUGUGCCGUUUUGUGAUAGAGGCGUGGUCGCGCUAAUCCAAACCUCUAUGGACUCCGCCCAGACAGCCCAGUGUAUCUUGUACUCGGUCGUCGUUUGUGUCCUGCUCCUAAUCGUGGGAUUCCUUAUUUUCAUCGUGAAUGUAUAUGUCUUGGGCCCAGCUGUCGAUGAAAUGGAACUACGCCUUAUAGAGUUUAACGGGACCACUGCGGCAGCCAUGGAUCCGGAUCAUGACUAUGACAACCAAUGAACUAGAAGAAACCCUUUUCUCAAAAUUAUUCUAAAAGCGAUGAAAAUUGUAGUGUAUUUAUAAAAAGAUUUCAAGAUUCUUA